GGAAAGCAAAGCGUCAGUGAUAUGAUCCCACUGAAGAGCACAUAAGAUAUUUUUACACUAAUUAAUAUUUAAGGACGUUUAUUCCUUUCUAAAUCUGAAGGAUUUAUAUACUAUUUCCUGGCAGUCGAUAAAGAGAGAAGAGAAUGGCAGACGCAUUCAGUCUUCAGAGGGUGUUAGAAACAUUCAGGUCAAGUCUGAGUGAAAAUAAGGAGGUUUACAUUAAAUAUUACAUAGCAGGAUGGCAAGAGCUCGUCAGCUUCAUGAAUAGCCUGGGCAACGUCUUUUCCUUCAUCUCCAAGGACGUGGUCAGCAAAAUCCAGAUCUUAGAGAACUUCCUUUCAGGAGAGAACGGAUCCCAUUACGUCACCAUCCAGUCCAUGGUCAAAUAUGAGCUGGAGAACGACCUGGUGGACCUCACCAAAAGAGGCAGCCAUCCAGAAUCGGGUUGUCGGACUCUCCUGCGGCUCCACCGGGCUCUUCGCUGGCUGGAGCUCUUCCUGGAGAGACUGCGCACCAGCACAGAGGACAGCAAGACCUCCGUCAUGUGUUCUGAUGCCUAUAAUGAGUCUCUAGCCAACCAUCACCCCUGGCUCAUCCGGAAAGCUGUCGGCGUGGCGUUUUGUGCCCUUCCAGGACGCGAAACCUUCUUUGACGUGAUGAAUGCAGGAGAUCAUACACAGGUGGUUGCUCUGCUUGGAGAGUCUUUGCCUCUUAUCGCUGAAGUCUAUCAGAUUACAGAAGACUUGUAUGCCAAGAACAACCUCCUGGAGUUACCAUAGAUGUAUUUUUAUGUCUUCUACAUAAUCCCUGUGGCACUUACUCACUUAUUUACCACAAAUGUAGACUUGUUUUCUGAAGGGACAUGCAAUAUGCAGGUUUAAUGCACAUUUUAAAGGGAUAACUCACCCAAAAUUAGUAUUUACACACUGUUUACUCUUUCUCAAGUGGUUCUAAAACUUUUCAGAGUUUAUUUGAAUACAAAAGAAAAAAUUUUGAUGACAAGUAGUAACCAUCGACUUCAGUAGAGGGAAAACAAGUACUAUGGAAAUCAAUGGUUACAGGUAAAUAGUGAGUACAUUUUUGGGUGAACUGCCCCUUUAAGCAGGGUUCAGGUCAUUUAUCUUAUCAGCUACUCUACACUACAUUCUGAUUACUGAUAUUUGUAAAAUACACAGGCUGUAUUUUAAUAUAUACUUGAGCGUAGGGAACAAAAUGAAUGUAUUGUUUUGGUUUGAAGGAUGAUAGAGAUAUAUAUUUAAUUUUGAAAUGCUGUAUAUUUGAAUAUAUAGGUGAUUUCUUUGUUCCUCUUGAUGUUGAUAAUUUUAUUGGAAGGGUUUUUCCAAUUAUUUGAAUUCAUGUUGAAUGUGGGUGUUACACCUACAGCUUUGCUGAAACUACAAAGAGGGAAAUGGGGCUGUAUAUGCAAUAAUAGACUGUGUAAUGUUAUGGUAACUAUAAAAUAACUGAAUAAAAUUGAUGGAAUCUGU